CUUCCGCCUAUAGAAUAGGCGGAAGUGGUCAAGUUACCUGUGGCUACGUUAUCUGUUUUGAUCAAUACUGCUAUUAUCAUAUCGCUAAUCAAGCUUUGCUCUGAGUUUGCUCCAGGACCACUGAAUUUUACUGUACGCUCCAGCACAGCAAGCUAAAGAAGUGUCAACAAUGGUGGCCUACAACCGCUGUCUUCAAAUAAGUUUCAUCAUUAUACAGUUCGUAUUCAUCGGACUAGGAUUGGCUCUGAUUGGGUUAGGGGCAUGGCUGGAGGUAGAGGAAGGCACUCUGGUGGAUGCUGUCAACCAACAGGCCUUCUUGGUCGGGCCCUACCUACUUAUUGUCGUUGGUAUUGCCAUUGUCGCGAUCGCUGUCGUCGGUGUCCUUGGAGCCAUGUGCGAUCAUUUGUUCAAUAGAGUUUUGCUCUACAUUUACAUUAUCGUGGUGUUCAUCAUCUUUGUUGUGGAGAUUGUUGGAGCUGUCCUUGCGUUUGUCUAUCGUGAUCAAGCAGUUGGUUUCAUAGAGUCUGGUCUCACCUCCACACUCACUCAGUACAAUGGAACCACACCCACUGCAAUGGGCAUCAGGGAAGCAUGGGACUUUGUGCAAACCACUCUUAAUUGCUGUGGUGUGAAUAAUGUCACUGACUGGCUCAAUGCUGACCUGGAAAUACCAACCUCAUGCUGCAAUGUCAACAUGACCUGCAUCACUGAACAGUAUAGCAAGGGAUGUUCCAGUGCAGUCCUCAAUCUUGUUCAGACUCAGCUGGUCGCUGUGGCCGCUGUUGGUAUUGCCUUCCUUGUGGGCGAGAUUGUGGUCAUCUUGUUGGCUUUCUGUCUGGUUUGCUGUACAGACUUUGACAAAGAAUGAUCAUCCAACCCCCCCCCCCUAGCUAGCCCGACAUGUAGACUAAUCAUAAUAUAUUAUGAGUAGCAACACUGCAAUUCAAUUAUACAUGUAGCUGUGUUUUUAAGCCAUCUUACUCUCGUGAACGUAUUUUUAUAACACAUCAGUUUUCAAUCAUACAGUUCAAUUAUCAUAAUAAUUAUAUGUACAUGUCUUUAAAAUAA